UAUUGAACCCUCACCGUCCUGCUUGUCUUCAGCAGCUCAGCAGCACUCCUUUCAGUUCUCCUGUGAACCCGCAGACGAUUUCCAGCCAUAAUGAACACCAGAAGCAUCAGACAAAGUCGCAGCUACACAUCCAGUGUUCCCACCAAGGCUUACAGUGUGUCCGGCCUCAGCUACGGAGGCCCGCGCAUUUCUUCUUCCGUCUCGCGCACCGUUUCCUCUGGCUAUGGUGGAGGAAUGGCCAUGGGUGGUGGCGGUAGCUAUGGUGGAGGAAUGUCCAUGUGUGGUAGCGGUGGCUUCAAUCUGUCCAGUGCCGCGGACCAGAGCUCCAUUCAUCUCAAUGAGAAGGCCACCAUGCAGAACCUGAAUGACCGCCUGGCCUCCUACCUUGAAAAGGUCCGUUCCCUGGAGGCGGCGAAUGCCAAGCUGGAAGUGCAGAUCCGAGAGUACUACGAGAAGAAGGGGCCCGCAGCAGAGAGGGACUACAGCAACUACUGGGCCAUUAUCAACGAUCUGAAGGACAAGAUCGCCGCUGCGACCAUUGCCAACGCCAACGUCCUGCUGCAGAUUGACAACUCCAAACUCGCUGCCGACGACUUCAAAACCAAAUUCGAGCAUGAGCUCAUGAUGCGCCAGUCGGUUGAGGCCGAUAUUGCCAACCUGCGCCGUCUCCUUGACCAGACCACCUUGACAAAGGCCGACCUGGAAAUGCAGAUCGAAGGGUUGCAGGAUGAGCUGGCUUACCUCAAGAAAAAUCACGCAGAGGACCUUGCAGCGAUGCGCUCCCAGCUUACUGGCACAGUCAACGUGGAGGUUGACGCCGCACCUCAGGUAGACCUCAACAAAAUCCUGGACGAGAUCCGUCAACAGUAUGAAGCGAUCACUGAUAAACACAGACGGGAUCAGGAGGCCUGGUUUAAUGAUCAGUCAGCCAGCCUGUCUAAGGAGGUAGCUGUCAGCACUGAAACAAUCCAGACGUCCAAGACAGAGAUCAGUGACCUACGGCGCACACUGCAGGGCUUGGAGAUUGAGCUGCAGUCACAGCUUAGCAUGAAAGGAGCGCUGGAGAACACAUUAGCAGAGACAGAAAAUCGUUACAGCGCCAUGCUUGGCGGAUUCCAGAACACCAUCAACAUGCUAGAAGCUGAACUGGGCAACGUGCGCGCCAGCAUUGAGCAACAGGGUCAAGACUAUAAGAUGCUGCUGGAUAUUAAGACCAGGCUGGAGCAGGAGAUCGCCACCUACAGGGGCCUGCUGGAGACAGAGGAGUCCAGACCACUCAGUACGGGAGGCUCCAAGACCACAAUCACAACAACGACUGUGCGAAGCUAAGAGGACCGACUGGCAGACAAAAAAGUUCUAAGACACGCAGACAAACAGGCACGCGCUGAUGUCACCGAAGCCGUUUCACGCGACAAGUCGAGCCACGCUGAAUAAAAUGCUGAACAACAGGCCUAUUUGACUUCAGGAAUGAAUCAUGAAUUGUUUUGAAGUUGCAAAUGGAAUAAUAAUAAGUGUUUGACAUGGGCGUGUUUGUACGUGUGUGUGUGUGUGAACAAAUAAAACUGCCAGUAAACUAAAAAA